AUCAUUAUUCGAUGUGCUAAUAAAGUUUCACGUGGAAUUAACCAAACUGGCUGAUCGUGUGCACGCACUGGCCAUCAACUGAUGCUAUCAUCUCCGAAAAAGAAGCGAAAAUACAGCACAAAUUGAAGCGAAUGCCUGCAUUUGAUGCCACUGCAUUGCGAUGGCCGUUCAUUUGAAGGAUAUGCAAUGGACUCUAGUAAUUGCGGUGUACCGCCUGCAGCCCAGUAAAUCCAAUGUUUUGGUAUGUUUAGAAGCAGCAGCAACAAGCCAAGCCCAAACCCAAGCCCCAUAUUCACAUACUGUGUAUGCGGAUUUGGAUGUCUGUCUGUCUGUCUGUCUGUCUAGCUGUCAGUCGUCCUGGUGAUGUGGUAGUAGGACGCCUUUGCCGUGGGGCCCCAACCAGGUACUGGGUACUGCAUAUUGCCUCCAAAAGAGCUUUAAAUAAACAAACUAAUAACAGAAAUCACGAAGCAAUAGGCAAUAGGCAAUAACUGAAUGUGAAAUGCGGAGCAGAGGAGGAACUGUGUGUGUGUAUGUGUGUGUGUGUGUGUUUGUGUGUGCGUGUGUGUGGAAUAAGGACAACGAGGCGACGCGACGCGACGCUAAGCGACUGUCUCCUGACUGCACCAUAGAGCAGACCCAGGACGAGGGCUUAGGCUUUAGCACCACACAGACCAAAAGCAGACCAAAGCCAGACCAGAACCGUUGCCAGUGCCCGUGCCAGUGGCAGUGCCAGCGCCCGAGACCGAAAAACAUUCGAUGAGGAAAAGACUGAACUGACUACAAAAAUCAUCCAAAAUUGAACCAAACAAAUUUUUGGGCGGAAGAGAGAAAAACCACGAGCCGAGUGGAUAGUAGAGGCAGCCACUGCAACGGAACCAGAGCGCGCGACUCAAGUGGAAAGUGGAGCGAACAAAAGCGGAAGAGGAGCAGCGGCAAUAACUGUAACUGUAGCUGUAACUGUAACUGUAACUGUAGCUGUAACUGUAUCUGUGUAAUCCAUAAUCCAACGUCCAGCCAGCAAAUUAGAUAACCGAAACCAGGUGCAUCUCCCUCCUCCUUUUUGGUCCACGCCCCAUACUCCCGUAUUAUGCAACGCUAGGAAGCGCAGGCUCUGGAUAGGCAGGAGGAGAAAAUUGGGAAAGAAUUUCGAAACCAUGUCGGAAGCACUUGCGGAAUCGCUCGCUCGGAUAGAACUAUUAUGAAACUCGAAGGUGGAAGUCGCACGCACGGCAACGGCCCAGGGUCUGGUGCAGGGGCAGGGGCAGGGACAGGCGCUGGUGCAGGUGCAAGGGCAAGGGCAAGGGCAGCCAAGGACAACAACGGCGACGGCGGCGGCAACACAUGCCAGGCGUCGCACGCUGAUCUCCAUGGCCAAAUGCCACAGCAGGCAGUACUCAACACUCAAUGAAGAGUCGCCCGAGUCGCCGUCACCAUCGCCAGUGCCAGUGCCAGCACCCGUCCCAGUUGCAGCUCCCGUCCCGUCGCCACAACAACAACAACAACAACAGAACUACUUACCUCAAACAUCUUUGCUGAAAAUCGAACCGUUCGUUCCUAGUUUUAAUCAACGACUUCGCCGGCGUCCUAUUGGUCGCUCCCAUAGCACCCUAAGCCACAAUGUCAUCGCACAGAAGCGUCAUCCAGUGCCCUCCACAGCGGCCGCAGCAGCAGCCCAAUACCAACAGCAGCAGCAACAGCAGCAAGCGGAGCUUCAGGUGGGGCAAGCCCAGCAGCAGCGGCUGAAGCGCAACUAUGGCACCGCCUCUCAGCUACGUAAUCAGCAGCGGAAUCUGCAUCGUGGCAUGCCCAUCACACGUCAACGCUCCAAGUCCACCUCCUCCUCGGCAGCCUCGAACAACUGUCGCCCCCAAACGGCUGCUGUGACGCCCAACACGCUGGUCGGGAGCACGGGCGGCACGCUGGUGAGCGGAGCCAUUGUCACGCCACAGCCGAAUGGCAUUUGUCGCAUCCAGCGGCUGGCCAAGGAGCGCGAGGAGCUGCCCGAUCGCAUCAACUACGAUCGGCGUGGCCUCACUGCCAUUCCCAUCUUCGAGCAGGAGCCCAAUCUGCGGCUGCUCUCGCUGCAGCAUAAUCUGAUCAACACUUUUCACAUACCCAAGGAGCUGCCACCACCACCGCCAGUGCCUGCUGCGGCUCCUCCUCCAGCAGCAAUGACCACGCCAAGGGAUGGUAUGUAUCCUUCUACGAAGGAGAAUCUCUUUCAAGCUCUUAUACCCUCAGAGUACAACUGCAAUGGGAACGCAAAGGAGAGCUCCGAUCUGGGCGGACACAUGCGACGCUCUGGCCUGCGGGGUGGACAUCAGCAGCAGCAGCAGCAGCAGCAGCAGCCGCGCUUGACGCGUGCCAUGACCAAUGCCGGAGCAAAUCAUCUGUCGCCCAAGGCCGGCGGUAGUCCGGGCAGUCCGCUGACCACCCAGGCGCUGGCAAUCAACGGUGGAGGAGCGGCCGGUCGCUCGAAGCUGCCCAAGCGUGGCUACAACUAUGGGCAGGCGCAGCUGGAGCCGCCGCCUGCGCUGCGAAUGCGCUAUGGCAUGGAGAAGUCCAAGAGCUUCAUGUCCAGCAGUCUGCAGGCGAUGAAGCACCAGCAGCAGCUGAUGCAGCGGAGGGCCAAGCUGAAGGCCACAGGCGGAGCUUUGGCUGGGAGCAUACUGCAGAGCUGCGACGAGAGCAGCGCCCUGAACGGCAGCACUCUGUCGCUGUGCGGCGGACUGGGCGAGGAGGAGGAGCCCAGUGUGGUAUCCAGCUGCCCGCUCGAGCAGCUGAGCAUCAAGAACAAGCAACUGAGUCUGAGUGCCAGCUAUGGGAGCAUCUUCCAGCAGCUGGUCUUCCUCGAUCUGUACGACAAUCAGAUCGAACGGAUAGCCAAUCUGGAUGGCCUGCCAGUGCUCUCGGUGCUGCUGCUGGGCAAGAACCGCAUCACGGACAUCGGUGGACUGGCCUCGCUGAAGGACUCGCUCCGCGUGCUCGAUCUGCACGGCAACAAGCUGACGACGCUGGGCAGCCGCAUCAACUGUUUGCAGCAGCUCAAGUCCCUCAAUCUCGCGGGGAAUCAGAUACGGCAGAUCAACCAGCAGGACUUUCUGGGCCUGCGCUGCCUGCGGGAGCUCAACCUCAAGCGGAACAAGCUGCGGCGCAUCAAUGGCUUUCAGCAUUUGGUGGCACUGGAGCGCCUGUGGCUGUGCCACAACGAACUGCACAAAGUGGACGACAUGGCGAGCAUUGCACGCGCCUCGCGACUGCUCGAGGUGACCAUCGAGAACAAUCCCGUGUCGCUGGCUGGAGAUUGUGUGUCUUUCCUGGUGUCGUAUCUGCCUCUGCUGCAGUCCCUCAGCCAGAUGCCCAUCACGGAGCAGGUGAGACGCGCGGCGCUCGCCUGGCGACAGCACAAGGAGCAGGCGCAGUCCACGCACGGCAGCUCGGAGGCGUACCACAGCAUUCGCCGGGAGGAGGUGAUCUCGAAUGCGCGCACCAACUGGGAGCUGCUGCGUUCCCAGCAGACAAUGGGCCGACCCAAGAGCCGCCUCACCAGCGAGCUGGCCAAGAUCAACGAGUCCAACGAGGGCACUGCCAACGAGGAGCCCGAAACAGAGUCCGAACAGCCCAAGGAGCAGCUGCUGGAUGAGCUGCAGGCGCUGACCAAGCUGCCGCCCAUCUCCAAGAAACUGCCAGAGGAGGAGGGCGUCUCAUCGGAGGCCUCCAGCCUGGGGCCGAAUGUGGAUUCGUGCUCCAGCUGCUACAGCAGCGACAACGAGGAGGGAGGAGGAGCCAGCAGCAGCAGCAGAAAUAAACCCCCAACAACGCCGCAAAUGAAUAUCGAUGAGAAUUGCAACAGGGUGCUGGAAGGAGCAGUCGAUUCACCUGUGCCACCGCCACAAGACGCAGCAAAGACAGCGACGCCAUCGCCUUCGCCGCCAGCUCUUACUCUAACGCCACCCGCCGCUCCUGGCACGCCUGUGCCUUGCUCGACGCCCACUCCGUCGCUGCCGUCAGCAGCGACCACAGCCACGCUGCCAGUGCCCACGGGCAGCACAGGGAACGCCAGCGGCAGUCGUCCGGCCAGCAGUAGGCAGCGUCCGAGGCAUGCGCCCAUCACGCAGCUGGGACUGCAAAUCAAUCGCGGGGGAGGAUCCUCUAAGCGGUACAUGGCUGGGAGCUUGGUGAGAGCUCAGACCGUGAGCAGCAGCACCAGCAACAGCAGCAGCUCCAACAGCACGGGACGCGGGAGGGCCACGCCCAAUGCGCUGUCUGUAGUCCCCUCGCAGAGCAAGGCAGCGACGGCGGGGACAAGCGGCAGUGCUGGGCAAUCCUCAGUCGCAGCAACAACAAGCGGAGCAACGGCAGCAGCGGGAGGAGCAGGAGGAGGAACGGCAGCCACACCUGCAGCAGCCAUCACCGUAUCGAAGCCGAGUGCAGCGGAGCGAGAGCGGGAGCAGGGCGGCGAUUACCUAAUCGAGAUUUGCGGCCGCUACCUGAACAUCUAUGGCCAGGGAGCGCUGCGUUUCAUCGACAAGCAGUGGAAUCCGGCCAAGGCCAACGAUGUGCACACGCUCAACUUUAGCUACAUCAACUUCAACAGCAUUGUGUCCAUUCUGGGCAGGAUCAAGCUUCGUUUCCCCCACGCCGAGCACUUUGUCUUCCGCGAAACGAACAUCUGCUGCCUCGGCCAGCUGAAUGGACUGGCGGAGCUGCAGGGCCUGGGCAGUCUGCUCCUCGAUGCGGAGGGCAAUGGCAUCACGGCGAAGGUGUCCUGGAGAGCGUACGCCAUCUACAGGCUCUCCCACUGGGGUCUGAAGCAGCUGAACGGGCAGGAGGUGACCGAGGCAGAGGUAGAAGCCGCGAAUGCCAUGUAUGCCGGACUCUCGGAUCUCGUGCUCUGGUCCAUGCCCGAGGUGAUGCUGCAGCCGCUGCUGGCACGCCUCCGCCUGGAUGAAACGUGCACGGCCAGCAAGCUGUCGCCCAAGGAGUGGCUCCUGCGGCCAGACAAUAAAUCCCUGCGUCUCGUUGUGGGCAAGGAAGCGUUGCAGUGGAAAAAGAAUGCUGCAACUGCCCCUGCCGCCAGUGCCCCGCCAACAGCCGCAACAGCGACUGAGAGUGGAGCCAAUGCUCUGACGUGCAGUGCCAGGGAUCGGGGCAGGCAGCACUUUGCCCUUCUGCUGGAGAACACCUGCAAUGCGGUGGAGAAGCUGCACAAGCUGGAGACGCUCUGGCCGAGCAUGCUCAUCGAUAUUGUGCGCAAUACGCUGCUGGACUACGCGCAGUUGGACGUUUAUCUGCGUAAUCUCAUGUGUGAGCUGAUGAAGUGAGGCAAGACAGGUCGGGGCUUGAGUGGAGUUUUGUAGACUUGCAGGCUUUUAGUUUAGACUUCCUAUGAUUCCUAGGCGGCAUUUACAUUCGACCAAUCCCAUUCGUGUAAGGCAUACAGGCAGGCAGGAGGCAAUAUCUACAUACAACUAGUCCAAUUUUUUAUAAAUAUUUA